CGAGCGCAGUACAGAGUCGUAAUCAUAUACAGACGACUAACGUGACGACCGGCAUACUUAGAAUUCACAUUCUAUCUUCAACGUCUUGGUUUAUUAGUGUGUCUUGGGGAACUUUUUUUUUUCUUCACAAUUAAAAAUUGACUUCACAAAAUACUAUUUAUCAGAGUUCAAUUUUUUCUUACGCGCGAAUAUUGAGUGCCUGGAUAAGAGUGUAUUGAGUUUUUUGCACCAGAUCAUCGAAAAAAGCUUUGACAAUGAAGCGUCAAUCGUCGCAGGAUGGAUCAAAGUUGCAAGAAUCAAUGCAAUAUCAACGAGUUCAUCAUCAUCAAUAUCAUCACCAUAGUUCCCGACAUAUGGUGCACCAGGAAAUCAUCGGCCAGGAGAGAGAUCACAGUGAAGUUGUGAUGACUGCAUCGUCUCUACCAGUGUUUACUGGACACCCUGUUGGUCCUUCAGCGCCAGUUUUUGAAAAAAUUUUUCGCAAUUCGAAGUUUGUACAAGGUGGAAAUGUGAUAUUCGACGGAAAAGUCAGCGGGAAUCCUAAUCCAAUCGUUUCAUGGACACACAGAGGAGUUAAAAUUUUGCAAUCUCAGAAAAUAAAAAUGUCUUAUGAUGAACAAACUGGUACUGUUACACUUCAAAUAAAUCAAAUUGGGCCUGGUGAUGAAGGAGAAUAUACGUGCAGCGCGCGAAAUCAAUACGGUGAAGCAAUCUGCUCAGUCUUCAUCCAACCAGAAGGCUUUGGUGCACCAUUGAAACAGGACUUCAAAGAUUACCAACAGCGGUAUUCACAGACCACCAAUAACAGAUUCGAAAAUGAACUUUUAUCAAAAACGACUGCCCAUACAACGACAACGACUAAUAAUGGAGAAUUUAAGGUUGACUCAUUUGAGUACAGGCUACUAAGGGAAACUGAAUUCCGGCAAUCGAUCACCAAUCGCCAUGCUGAAGGAAGUGACUCCCGAACUUCGAGCAUGAAAAAUGAUCAAAAUUUAGGUGUUCUCCUCAUGCCACCUCGAAUCGGGCAGAAACCCAGAAAUUCAAAACUCAUGGAAGGCUCUGAAGCCGUCUUUACUGCCAAAAUUUAUGCAAACCCAACAGCUCAAAUAACAUGGUUCAAAGAUGGUCAAAAAGUUCAAGAAUCACAGCAGGUUGAGAUGAAUUAUUCGAAUCAACAAGCUACCCUUCGUAUAAGAGAGACGACCCAUGCAGACUCAGGUUUUUAUACACUACUAGCUGAAAAUCCUCAAGGUUGCACUGUCAGUUCUGCUUUUUUGGCAAUCGAAACCACUGACGUAGUUGAUAAUGUGCAGCCGAAUUACAGUCGAGAGGAUGUUAUAAAUAAUAUUGAAACGUCUGAAGGCCCUGAUGCUGGCAAAGCUUUGGCACCAAAUUUUAUUCACGUUUCAACGAACCGUGAAGUGAGAGAAGGGAAAAUGACGAGAUUUGACUGCCGGGUUACUGGCAGACCCUAUCCAGAAGUUACAUGGUUUCUCAAUGGGUUUCUGGUUUCAAAUGACGCUACUCAUAAAGUUCUUGUCAAUGAAAGUGGUAGCCAUUCGUUAAUGAUAACAAAUGUGACAAAGUCAGAUGGAGGUAUUUUGACCUGUCUCGCUAAAAACAAAGCAGGUGAAACUUCUUUUCAGUGUUCUAUCUAUGUUAUGGAACAAGAACAAGUUGUCGCACCAAAAUUUGUUGAACGCUUUACUACAAUGAACGUCAAGGAAGGAGAACCUGUUUGUUUCAAUGCAAGGGCUGUAGGUACACCAGUGCCCCGCAUAACUUGGCAAAAAGAUGGUGUUCCCAUUUCAUCUAGUUUCGGUAUUACCAUAACCGCAGAUGAUACUGGGUCUUCCACUCUUGAGAUAGCUUGUGCCAAAUUAACAGAUGCAUCUUGGUACCAGUGUACAGCUCAAAAUGUAGCUGGUUCAACUGCUACCCGGGCUAGACUUUUCGUCAACACACCAAAAGCUGCUGUAGUCAAACCAAGACGCUUGAAUUUACCUCGACCGACACGAGUUAUUGAACCAGAACCUACAUCUGGACCUGAAGUCAUUUAUCUGAAGCACAUCGAGCGAGCCAAGCCUAGUUUGCCUCCAAUUGAAAAUGAUAAAAUUUAUCAUCCUCCACGAUUUAUUGUACCGCUUAUCGACGUUCAUCAAAUUGAAGGUGGACGUAUACAUUUAGAAGCGAAAAUUGAACCAUUAGGAGAUCCAACUCUGAGAGUCGAAUGGUCCGUAAACGGAAAAGCUUUAGAAGCAAGUGCUCGAGUGACUUGUCUUUUCCGAUUUGGCUAUAUAUCAUUGGAUUUACUCAACGUAGUGCUUCAGGAUAAUGGAAAGUACGUUUGUCGUUUGACGAGUUCUACAGGAGUAGCUGAAUCACAUAGCAAUGUUUCUAUAACUUCACCAUCAAUAAAUGAGAAAUGCAGUUCAAAUUCAAAUAGCCGGCAAUACAUUCAGCAACUGGAAGACUCCUCUGAAUACCAAAAACAGGAGAGUAUAAACGAAUUCUCUUCACAAAGCCCCGUAUUUAUCCGGAAACUACAGGAACUCAGCGGAGUUGAAGAAGGAAAAAAUGCACACUUUGAAGGACAGCUGAUUCCAGUGAGCGAUCCUACUAUGAAAGUAGAGUGGUACAAAGAUGGCAAUCCGAUAAUAGCUAGCUCUAGAAUAUCGACUAUUUUCAAUUUUGGAUACAUCUCACUGAAUAUUAUGCACCUUAGAGCAGAAGAUAUGGGUACAUACACAGCACGAGCAAUAAAUCACUUAGGUGAAGCGACUAGCACAGCUUCACUUAGCGUUAGUGUACGUUCUUGUGUAACAAAUGAUCUUGAAAUUGCUGAGCAGCAGAAAUUCAUUGACUCUGCUGUAGAGCUCAAAUCUCAUCAACGAUCGAUACAACCACGAGACUUCAAUACACAGAAUGAAGAACUAGUACCACCAAAGUUUAAAUCCAUAAUUUUAGAUCAGACUAAUAUUCGUGAAGGUGGCUUUGCUCAUUUUGAAGCGCGGUUAGAACCCAUAGGAGAUGCAAAUCUCUAUGUUGAAUGGUUGAAAAACAAUGUCCCUAUUGAAGCUAGUUCAAGAAUCACUACGUUUUUUAAUUUUGGCUAUGUUGCUCUAACUCUGAAGUACGUAACUGUUCACGACGUGGGUAUAUACACAUGUCGCGCAUACAAUAAAGUUGGAGAGGAUCGAACGACUGCUCAAUUGACCGUGAUAAGCAACGAUUGUAUAAUCUAUGACAGCCAACAUCCGUCAGGGUUACAAAAGAUGCAACAUUUAGAAGAUUCCUCUCAAUUUUCCCGCCAAGUAAAAGAAGAAUGUCAAAUUACACAGAAACCACGUUUCUUGGGACAUUUGAAGGGUACAAAUAAAAUCAUUGAGGGACAAAGAGCUCACUUUGAAGUGCGCGUUGAACCUCAGAGUGAUUUAGGUAUGAAAGUUGAAUGGUAUCAUGAUGGAAAUCCUAUCACUGCUGCUAAUAGAAUACAGACUUAUUACGAUUUUGGUUACGCUGCCAUCGAUAUUCUUCAAGUGCAACUUAGAGAUGCAGGAACUUAUUCAAUCGUUGCAAAGAAUACUUUUGGCGAAGCAAAGAUUUCAGCCACCAUGUCAGUUGAAGCUCACUUAGAAAUCGAUACAACUAGUCGGAGCAUUGUUUCUUAUGAAAAAACAAUGAACGUUGACAAAAAUAAACGUGCUAAGUCAGAACUUAGUGAUGACACAUCAAAAUCUAAGCCUAGGUUUACGCAGACUCUAAAAGAUUCAGGUUCUGUAUCUGAGGGUAAAAAUAUUCAUUUUGAAUGUCGAUUGGAACCUAUGGGUGACCCGUCGAUGAGAGUGGAAUGGUUUCAAAAUGACCAACCUGUAACCAUUGGAUCUCGAUUUAAAACUUAUUACGAUUUUGGUUACGUGGCGUUGGACAUCAUUCAUGCGACUUGUGCUGAUUCUGGAGAAUAUACUGUAAGAGCAACAAAUCAACUUGGGACAGCUCAAUCGUCUGCGCAUGUUCAAGUUACAGGCAAGUCAGGUGUCAUCACGAAUACUGGAAAUGAAUAUUCACUAGAACAAAUUAGGUUGUUAGAAAAUUCUUCGAAACAUAAAAAAAAUAAUCAAGAUGAAAUAAUGGUCAUGCAGGUUCCUCAAUUUACUCGACCUCUCAAUAACGUUGAGAUCAUUGAACUGACUAAUGUUCAUCUUGAAUGCAGACUUCAGCCAGUACAAGAUACAACAAUGAAAGUUGAAUGGUUCGUUAACGGCCAUCCCGUUACGAUAGGCCAUCGUUUCAGGCCUUCUCAUGAGUUUGAUUAUAUUGCAUUAGAUAUUCUCGGAGUUCAUCCAAAUGACUCAGGUGUUUACACAUGUCAAGCAAAAAAUCAAAUAGGCGAAGCAGUUACUUCAUGUUCUGUAAGAGUCCAUGCUAAAAAAGAUCUAUUGUUAGACACUCAGCACUCGGAAGGAUUAGAAAAAAUACAGUAUCUUGAGGAUCUUUCUAAGUAUAAGCGUCAUGAAAUGGUUGAAGAAAUUGUUAACAUCAAGCCUAAAUUUAUCACGACACCAAAAAAUCAAGAGAAUCUUGAGGAAGGACAGCACGCCCACUUUGAAUGCAAACUUGAGCCAGUUACUGAUUCAAAUUUAAAGGUCGAAUGGUUUAGGAACAGACACCCAAUUACAAUUGGACAUCGAUUUCGACCAAUUCAUGACUUCGGAUAUGUAGCUCUCGAUGUAAUUGAUCUCAUCGCUGAAGAUUCUGGCAUGUAUACAUGUAAAGCAAUCAACCUUGUCGGUAGCGAUGAAGUAAAUUGUCAUUUGAGUUGUCGCUCAACUGCUCAAAUUCUGACCGAUACACAAAAUGAAACAUGCCUUAAGCAAAUGAACUAUUUAGAAGAUCGUUCAAAAUAUUUUUUGUCACGAAAUGAAGAAGAAAUAACGACUCAGUCACCAAUAUUCACAACUUCUCUCAAAAGCAUAGAAAUAAAAGAAGGCCAGCGUGCUCAUUUCGAAUGUCGGUUGAUACCAGUUUCAGAUAUGAGCAUGAAGGUAGAAUGGUUCCACGAUAAUAAACCCGUUAAAGUUGGAUCUCGUUUUGUGGAAACAAAUAAUUUUGGAUUCGUUACCUUGGACAUAAUGUACGCUCAUCCAGAGGAUUCAGGAACGUAUAUUUGUCGUGCUAAAAAUUUAAUCGGUGAAGCUAUAACAUCGGCGACUGCGGUAGUACAUUCGAAAAAAUCUAUCUCCAUCGAAUCUCAACGUGAAAAAGUUCUCUACCAGCUUCAAUAUCUUGAAGAAUCAAGUCGACAUAAAAAUUACCAACAACAAGAAGAAUCGGUUAGUCAAUCUCCGAUUUUCACUAUGCCUAUCAAAGAUCUUAGAGUUGCAGAAAAUCAAGCAGCACAUUUUGAAGCUAGAGUUAUACCCGUUGGUGAUGUCAAUCUAAAAGUGGAAUGGAUUCGUAAUGGUAUCCCAAUUGAAGCAUCCAAUCGCAUCACUACAAUGCAUGACUUCGGUUAUGUUGCUUUGAACAUGAAGUACGUGAACCCUGAAGAUUCUGGAACAUAUAUCUGUAGAGCUAGAAAUGAUCUCGGUGAAGCUGUUACUUCAGCUACUUUAUUUGUUCAGUCAAAAGCUGCUCUUCAGUUAGAAACACAUCAUGAAACAGCUCUACCUAAGAUCAAAGCUCUUGAACAGGUGACAACAGACAAAAGCCGUCAAGAAGAAGAUAUCAGCGUAAAAGAACAGCCGCGGUUUACAGUCAGAUUGAAUGGCCCAACUAAACUUGCUGAAGGCCAAAGUGCUCAUUAUGAGUGCCGCCUUGAGCCUUAUCCAGAUGCUACCAUGAAAGUUGAGUGGUUUUACAACAGUAAACCACUAUCAGCUGGACAUAGAUAUCGAACAAUAUAUGACUUUGGAUUUGCUUCUCUUGAUAUUUUGACUGUGUAUGCUGAAGACUCUGGAAUUUACACUUGCAUCGCUACGAAUAAGCUAGGCACUUCCCAGAGCUCGAUAGAGUUGUCAGUUAUAUCACGUGCUUCCAUUAUUCAUGACACUCACCAUGAAGGCGCUUUGAAAAAAAUAAAAUAUCUUGAAAAUGAUGAAAGAACAAAAUCCAGUAAUCAUGAAGACACAGUAACUGUUGGAAAACCCAAGUUUGGCCGUCCACUGAAAAACAUUGAACAUCUUCCAGAAGGAAAAAGUGCUCAUUUGGAAGCAACUCUCAUUCCGGUAAAUGAUCCAACUAUGGUUGUUGAAUGGUUCAAAAACGGAAAACCUAUUCCUCAAGGACACAAGUUUAAAACCACAUACGACUUCGGCUAUGUGGCUCUAGAUAUUUUAUAUGCUUACUCCGAAGAUUCUGGAACUUACAUGUGUAAAGCAAGAAAUAUAGUUGGCGAAGCUGUUACAACUUGUAUUAUUGGCGUUGACUCCCGAGAAGGAUUGUGUAUGGAUACUUUAGACGCUCAGCGUUUGGCAAAAAUUCGAGAAUUGGAGAUGGCAGAGAUUAAAACUGUUCCUGAAAAAGAACUUUUCCAUCAAAAACCAGUUUUUCUAUCAGCAUUCUGUAAUCUAGAUCAUAUAAAAGAAGGUGAUCGAGCUCAUUUAGAGUGCAGAAUUGAGCCCAUAAAUGAUCCUCAUCUGAAAAUCGAGUGGUUUGUUAAUGGAGUGCCACUCAAAGCUGGACAUCGUUUCCGCACUACUCACGACUUUGGUUAUAUUGCUCUUGAUAUUCUUUACGCUUAUUCGGAAGACUCUGGUACCUACAUGUGUAAAGCUACAAAUCUUACUGGUGAAGCUGUGAACACGUGCACGAUUCGGAUUGGCACUCGGCGGAGUAUUCUUUUUGAUACUCAGCAUCCAGAUGGUUUUGAAAAAAUUCGAGAGCUGGAAGCUCAAGGUCACCCUGUUCGACUUGAAGUUGAAGAGCCACUUGCUAGCCCUCCACAAUUUGUUACUGAACUUCAUGGCACAACUGAAAUUUUUGAAGGGCAAUCUGCACAUUUCGAAUGUCAGAUUUCACCGUUACACGACGCUAAUCUUCGAGUCGAAUUUUUCCACAAUGGGAAGUCGAUUCCAUCUGCUUCACGUUUUCACGUGACUUUCGACUUUGGCUACGCUGCUCUUGAUAUCUCUCAUGCUGUGCCAGAAGAUGGCGGUGAAUAUACUGUACAGGCUAUGAACUCCCUCGGAAUGUGUUCAUCUUCAAGAAACUUAAAAAUCAUUUCGAGAGAAAAUGUCAUCACAGAUUCACAGCGACCAGAAGGCCUGAUUAAAAUUCAAGAACUAGAACUUCAACAACUACAAAAAAAACAUGAUGUUAUUGAAACACAAACGUGUCAACGUCCUGUUUUUACACAGCCCUUGAAAAAUAUCGAGGAAGUCGUAGAAGGAACUACAGCUUUCUUUGAAUGUCGUCUAAUUCCAGUAGGAGAUCCAACUCUCCAAGUAGAAUGGUGUAAAAACUCAAAGUUGCUUGAAGAUAGUUCUCGAAUUACAAAAAUUCACGACUUUGGCUACGUGUCGUUGGAAAUUAGUCACAUUCGUGAACAAGAUGAAGGAAUAUAUAUGUGCAAAGCUGUAAAUUCACUUGGUGAAGCUGUUUCUAUUGCAUCGAUGAAAAUUCGUAGUAAACCGUCAAUUGAGCUUGCUUCACUUCACCCAGAGGCACAGAAAAAAAUUGCAGUAUUUGAAACUAGUAAAAUAAAUAGCCUAGAAUUGACUAACGUCACAUUUGAGAAACCGAUUUUUACACAACUAUUAACUGGUCCUAAUGAACUAUGGGAAAGCCAAACAGCUCGUUUUGAAUGUAGAGUUGUCCCAGUUGGAGAUGCCAGUCUCAAAUUUUUGUGGUUUGUUAAUGGGAUUGAACUCAAAAUUGGGUCUCGUAUUCAUGAGAAUCAUGAGUUUGGUUUUGUAGCACUAGAAAUACGAAACGUCAUCCCUGAAGAUUCAGGAGUUUACUCUUGUCAAGCGAUUAACAAUGCGGGAGAUUCAAUUUCUUCGAUUUCUCUUAAGGUGAAGGCCCGCUCUGCAAUCGACACUGAGUCAGUCCAGCCAUUUGCUUGGCAAAAGAUCCAGUUGAAAGAAGCUGAAAUAAAUAAAGUGCCUGAAAUGUUUGUUGAUAUGGCCCCUCAACAAGCUCCAGUAUUUACCAGUCAUUUGAAUAACUUUGACACGCUAUGUGAUGGACAACAUGUAUAUAUUGAAGCUCAGGUUGAGCCUCGUGCAGAUCCUCAUCUUCGAACUGAAUGGUUUAAAAAUGGUGUCCCACUCCAAACUGGGACUCGACUUCGUAGCACAUUUGAUUUUGGUUUAGUUACACUUUCUAUCAAUAAUCUGAGGACUGAUGACUCCGCCAUUUACACAUGCAAGGCCACUAACCAUUUUGGUGAAGCUGUAUCAACUUGUAGUAUAAAAGUCAACGAACGACCUUCUCUAAUCACUGAAACCUUUCAUCCAGACGCUAUAUCAAAAUUAAAUGCACUUGAACAGUCUCAACAUGAUAGUUUAGAAUGUCCAGAGCCAGAAUAUGAUCAACCAAUUUUCAUCAAUCAUUUAAAUAACGUCGUUUCGACUGAAGGCGAGAACGUUCACUUUGAAUGUCAAGUUGAGCCAUCAAAAGAUCCCACGAUGAAAAUUGAAUGGUUUAUAAACGGAAAAAUGAUUCCAAUUGGAGCAAGAUUUAAGUCCACCUACGAUUUUGGUCAGAUAACACUUGAUAUAAAUCAUACAGGUGAAGAAGACUCUGGAGUCGUCACUGUGAAAGCAACAAAUUCGAAAGGUUCAGCUCAAACAACUGGAACAUUGAAAUGCCUAAGUAAAGAGAACAUUUGUCUGCAAAUACAACAUCCGCAAGGAUCAUCUGGUUAUGAAGAAAUCCAUAAAGUUGAUGAGGCUUCGAAAUCUAAAUAUAAAAAACUUGACGCUUAUACCGAAGAGAAAUAUAGCAAACCUGUUUGGGAACUACCACUAAAGCCAGAAUUCAAGCUUUGUGAAGGAGAACCUCUUCACUUGGAAGGAAAAGUCAUUCCGAAGGAAGAUCCAAAUUUGCGAAUUGAAUGGUAUUUUAAUGGAAAAAUUUUAGAACACGGAUCUCGAUUGAAAAUGUCCCAUGAAUUUGGCUUCGCAACACUCGAUCUUAUAAAUGCUUAUGAUCGGGACUCAGGAAUUUACACAUGUAAGGCAUAUAAUUCAGUUGGUGAUGCCUUCACAUCAGCUACUGUUUAUUGUUCAGUGAAAGAAAAUAUCAUUGAAAGCUUACAGCACCCUAAAGGUAAAAAGGGUCUUGAAGCAAUACAAAACCUAGAAGAAACUCUCAAAGAAAACAUUGAAGAAUUAGACGAUAGUGUGGAAGGACAUCCACCAAUCUUCACUUCUCAAUUUGAAAACUUGACUAAUCUUUUUGAAGGAGAAAUUGCACACUUUGAAGCAUCUUUAACACCUACUGGUGAUCAGACAAUGAAAGUCGAAUGGUUCUACAAUGGAAAGCCUUUAGAGGCCAGUUAUCGGAGUAGAACAGUUUACGCUUUUGGCAUGGUUGUUCUGGAAGUUUUAGGAACAAAAGUUACAGAUUCUGGAGCGUAUACAUGUCGAGCGUCGAAUCGGUGGGGCCAAGCUGAAAUUUCAGUAAUUCUUACAUGUUUAGAUAAAUGUAGAGGUCAAAAGCCGAAGUUUACUACUGAAAUACAGCCUAUAGAAGCACUUGAAGAUGGACAGUCGGUUCAUUUUGAAUGUACAUUGAUCCCUGCCGAUGACCCCGACAUGAAAGUUGAGUGGUUUCAUAAUGGUCAACCAUUGAGGCAUUCUUCUCGUUUUAAAAUGGUCUCAGAUUUCGGAUUCGUUGUUAUCGAUAUUGCUGGAGUGAUGUCUCAUGAUAGUGGUGAAUAUAUCUGCAAAGCAAGCAAUAAAUUCGGUGAAGAUAGUACGAAAGUAACAAUAAAAUGUAUCGGGAAAAGUAAUGUUCAUAUAGAUUCUCUUCAGCCAGGUUCAUUAAAAAAAAUACAAGAACUAGAGUCAAAUGAAAAUAAUUUAAAAGCUACUUCAAAUAUUUCAGCGAUAGAACCACCAAAAUUCAUUAGUCAUAUUGUAGAUAUAACGAAGUUGAAUGAAGGUCAAUCAGCUCAUUUUGAAGCUCGACUUACUCCGAUUGAUGAUCCUCACUUAAAAGUCGAUUGGUACUAUAAUGGUUUAAAACUUCCUCAUGGUCAUCGAUAUAGAACUUUCCAUGACUUUGGUAUCGUUAUCUUGGAUAUUUUAUACUGCUAUGAAGAAAAUUCUGGGGUUUACGAGUGUCGCGCUGUUAAUAAAUAUGGAGAAGAUUCGACAGUAGCUACGCUUACGUGUCUUUCAAAAUCAAACUUAAUUCUUUACCCUCAAUUACCUAAAGGCAUGGAAAAGGGCCUUGAAAAAAUACAAAACCUAGAAGAUUCAACAGUAAAAUCAAAAAAUGAAAAAAUUGAUUAUAUUUCUAAACAAGCUCCUAUGUUUACGGUACCAUUAUGCAACAUACAUGGACUUAGAGAAGGAGAAAGCGCUCAUUUUGAAGGAAGAUUAACUCCAACCGAUGACCAAAAACUGAAAGUUGAAUGGUUCUGGAAUGGGAAACCUCUUAAAACUGGAUCUCGGUUCCGAACAUUUUGUGAUUUCGGAUUCGUUAUUCUCGAGAUAUCUCCAAUUUAUCCAGAGGACUCUGGAGAAUAUAGUUGUCGUGCUACUAAUGAUAAUGGCGAUGCAGUCACAUCGUGUGUGAUGCACUGUACAGGAAAACGAAGUAUCAUUCUAGAAUCUCAACUUCCAGGAGGAAUGGAAGGAACUAUUCAGAAAAUAGCGGAGAUAGAAGGAUUUGGAGUUGAACAAGGGGAACCUGUGAUCGAUGACGACACUGGAAGACCACCUGAAUUCGUUACACAUCUUUCAGAUUUUACUUUGAGUGAAAAUUCGCUUGCGCAUUUCGAAUGCAGACUUCUACCUGUUAAUGAUUCUAGUAUGAGAGUUGAAUGGUAUCAUAAUGGGAAACCGCUUAAUGCAGGUUCACGAAUCAAAACCAUUCAUGAUUUUGGAUUUGUGAUUCUUGAAAUCGCAAAUUGUUAUCAAAGAGAUUCUGGUAUGUACAAAUGUAAAGCUACGAAUCGUCAUGGAGAAGCAAUUGUCACAUGUAAAUUACAAAUUCGAGGACGCCAAGGAAUUAUACUAGAACCUCAGUUGCCAAACAAUUUCAAAUCAGGAACAGAAAGUAUUCAAAAACUCGAAGAAUCACUUUACAAAAAAGAUGAAAUUGUUAUUGCAGAAGAGUCACCAAUCCCUCCUCAGUUCACACUAGAACUUAAAGAUAUAGAAGUUGAAGAGUCGGAACCUAGUCAUUUUGACUGCCGAGUUGAACCAUUAGGUGACCCAACCAUGCGAAUCGAUUGGUUUCAUAAUGGCAAACCCUUUAAAACAGGUUCUCGGGUUCAUAUGAUUCAUGACUUCGGUUUUAUUUCGUUAGACUUAUCUUAUACUUACGCUAGAGACAGUGGUGAAUAUAUAUGUCGAGCAACUAACAAAUGGGGAUCUGUCAUCACGAGAGCGAGUAUGUUUUGCAAAUCUAAAAACAACAUUGAUUUUGAUUCUCAACUCCCAUCAGGAAUGAGUGGAGAACAAUUACAAAAACUUGAAAUUGGACACAUUAAUGAACCACUCCCAGAAGUAGAGCCCUUGAAAAUUCCACCGAAGUUUAUCACUCAGAUUCAGUCAAUUACUGUCGAGGAGUCAGAAUCAGUUCGUUUUGAAUGUCGCAUCAUGCCGAAAGACGAUCCAACUCUUAGAAUUGAAUGGUAUAGGAACGGAAAAAUUAUUCCAUGUGGCCAUCGAUAUCAAAGUAUUUACGAUCUCGGGUUUGUUUCUAUGGUUAUAUUAUAUGUGUAUCCGGAAGAUUCAGGGGAAUAUGUUUGUAGGGCAAUUAAUGAUUGGGGUGAAGAUAUUACGAAAGCUUCUGUAACUUGUAAAACAUCGCCAAGCAUAAUCUUACAGAAUCAAGUUCCAAAAGGUAUGAAGAAAUCUGAAGCACUCAUGCAAAUGGAGGCAACAAUUAAAAAGUAUACGUCCAAGGUUUAUUUAACAGCAGAUGAUUUUUACGAUAUAGAAAAACAACAACCACCUCGUUUUGUAACGAACAUUGAAAAUCGGAUUGGAUUAGAGGAAAUGAACAGUACAAAGUUUGAAUGUCAAUUAGCUCCUGUUGGCGAUCCUAAUAUGAAAUUAGAGUGGUUCUUUAAUGGUAAGCCAUUGCCAUAUAAGAAUCGCUUCGCUCCAAUUUAUGAUUUUGGGUACGUUGCAAUGAACUUCAGUUGGAUUUAUCCUGAAGAUUCAGGAGAGUAUUUGUGUAGAGCUAGCAAUCUUUAUGGUUCAGAUCAGACAAAAGCCUUUAUUGAAACUUCUGGAAAACCUGGAAUUAUCUAUGAAUCACAGUUACCGAAAGGUAUGAAGAGUAUUGAGAAAAUUCGAGAAAUGGAAGCAGCAUGGCAAAUUACACCGGAAGAAGAAGAUGAGAAAGAUAAAAUCCGUACUGCUCCAGUAUUUGUCAGUAAACCUGAGGCUAUUGAAGUUGAAGAAGGUGAUAGUUCUAGAUUUUGUUGUCGUGUCACAGGAUAUCCCAAACCACGAGUAAUAUGGUUGAUAAACGGUCGUACGGUUAUAAAUGGGUCACGAUAUAAAUUGACAUAUGAUGGCAUGUACCAUUUAGACAUCCCAAAGACUCGUCAAUACGACCAAAACAUCGUAGAAGUAGUUGCCAAAAACUCAGUCGGAGAAGCUCGAUGUGAAACUACACUUACUGUGAAACCUAACAGUAACGAUUAUCGUGGAGUAUUGAAAAGUUCUCCUCGCCCAUGGUAUAAUAUUGGACUUGACCAAUAUCAAACUGAACGAAACGAGAAUGAAUUGGAGCGUGUAUUUGAUGAACGUACACAAGCAGUUAUGCAGGGUGGUGGCACUAGCUUCACGACCGGACAAAUUGGACAAAAAGUUUUUAAAAGGCCAGAAACUGAAUGGCAAAAAUCAGUGAAGUCAAAAAAAAAUGAAAAUUAUUACAAUAAAUUAGGGGAUGUUGAAGAAGAGCAAAUUCUAAAAGAAAGUAAAUUAAGGCAGGCUAGUCAUCAGCUUUCUCUCCUCCAAGAUGAAACAGAGAGUAGGUCAUUAGUAAAACAUUCAGUAAAGAAGUAUGAUGAAAGUUUGGAAAAUUCUAGCAGUGAGGUCCUUCAACCGAUGAAGACAACCCCAAAGAAACCAUUUGUAACGGAAGUCAGUAUAGACUCUAAAAAAAUUGCUGAUAAACUUUUACAUCAAGAUAAUCUCGCUGAAUCUGGAGUUCAUGGUCGGGAAGUUCAUGUAUUGAAAAAACAACAGACGCAAAAACAAACUGAAGGUGAUAGGGAGAUCACAAGAUUUGUAACUGAAAUUGAAACUACUGAUGUUGAACACAGCGCGAAAAUCCAUGAACGAGUUGUUCAAGGAGAAGUGAAACCAGCUGUCCCCCCUAUUUUUACGAAAAAAAUUCAACCUUGCAGGGCAUUUGAGCAAGAGCAAGCGAAAUUCGAAGUUGAAUUUGAUGGAGACCCAUUACCUAGUAUAAAGUGGUUCAGGGAAAAUUUUUUAAUUCAGAAUUCAUCAGAUAUGCAAAUUCAUACUUUUAGUACAAAAUCCGUGCUAAUUAUACGUCAAGUUUUCAUAGAAGAUUCUGCUGUAUUUUCUGUCUUUGCUGAAAAUCGUGGAGGGACAGCAAAAUGCAGUGCAAACCUAGUCGUUGAAGAGCGCCGAAGACAGCCAGGUAGAAAUGGCAUUGUUCCUCCCAAUUUUAUCACUACGAUACAAAAUACUACAGCUAAAAUUGGUCAAUUAAUACGAUUUGAUGCGAAAAUUUCGGGUACCAAGCCUAUCGAUGUCUAUUGGCUGAAAAAUGGUAAAAAAAUAUCACCUGAUGUUCGAUAUAAAAUGUUAGAAGAAGAUAAUAUUCACACCCUUUUGGUUCUUGAAACUGUAUCGGAUGAUACUUCUGAGUUGGAGUGUGUUGCAUUGAAUACUGCUGGGGAAGCACGUUGCAAAGCUAAAUGUAUAAUUCAAGAACCCCACUCGGAAACUACUCAUACACCUGAUCAAUUAUUGGCUAGCGUGCAAGAAGACUCGAAGAUCCUUGAACCGCUCCAAGACCAAACUAUAAAAGAAGGAAACUUCGUAGAGUUUUCGUGCAGAAUAUCUUGUAAACCUUUGUCUACUGUACAAUGGAAAAAAAAUGACAAGGUGAUAAAACCAUCUAAGUACUUUCAAAUGAAGAAACUUGGUGAUCGCUGCACUCUUAGGAUUACUGAAGCAUUCCCAGAAGACGAAGGAGUUUACAAAUGUAUCGUGAACAAUCCGGCAGGGGAUGUCAUUACAACAGCGAGCCUCACAGUACUUGCACCAGAAAGUACAGACAUUUCGCUGAAGAUGACUGCUCUCCAAGAUCAAAUUGUUGAAGAAGGCCAGUCAGCUCAGUUCAAUACCUGCAUAAGCCCAUCCAAAUCAAAGCCUACAGUGCAGUGGUAUCGAGAUGGAACAUUAAUUCCUCAGUCUGCUGACUUUCAGAUGAUUCUUGAAGGAAAUAAAGCAGUUCUUUUAAUCGCUACAACUUACGAAGAAGACUCAGGAACAUUCGCUUGCCGUGCAACGUCAUUGGCUGGAACUGUCGAAACCUCAGCCAAGCUUGUCGUUAAAAGUAAGAAAUGAUCGAAACCCAAUUAAUCGCUAACAUCCUAUGUUGUUGUUCAUAAAAAGCAAUUAAAAGCAGAUAUUUAAUUAACAUGUGAUAAAUAUAAUUCAUGAAAGUAAAUUCUUAAUUUAAAUUCUACGUAAAAAAUAAAAAAAAUUAUUGUUUGAAGUUGAAUAUAAUUAAAAACAUCCAAAGUUCAACGUUGCUCUGGUCUACUUGCUACAGAUUUAAUGUUGGAUGUUUCAUUCAAAGCUUUUACUAUAUGUGGUACUGGUGAAAUUUAUCACACUAAAUGACUUUGAAUGACUCAUAAAUCCCAAUAUGUAAGGUUUCAAAUUAAUAGGUUAUUAUACGAAGUUUUUAUAAAGAAUGUGAAAAACUAUGUAUGUACACGUAAAAUUUCAAAUUUCAAUUUUAUCUUUGCUUCUAAAACUUAGAAUAUUAUAAUAGUGUGCUUUUUCAAAAAAAUUCUGAAAAAUAAACAAAUCGAUGUCACAUGUUUGUUAAUUUUUCAUAAGAAAAACAAUAUGUUCUCUUCAACUUAAAGAUAAAUGGGAUGUUAGUAUGGAUAUUUAUAUAGAUGUCAAUAUUAAUGUUAUUUUGAAUUAACUUUAAACAUAUAAUAUAAUUUUAUAAAACUAAAAUUUAUUGGCAGUCAUCGUAUAUAUAAUCAUAAUAUUUAAAAAUCAAAUAAAGAUAUUCUGUUGAUAUAGAUGUUAGUUCCAUUAUAUUUUCCAAUAUGUAUACGACACAACUAUUUGAAUGAUGAAUGUUUUUUUCCACACCGAACAUAUAUUUAUUUUAGUGUCUUGCGGUAAACAUAAGGUGCAUAUUUUAGAACUGAAAUUUUUCAAAUUAUCAUUCUAAAUAGUAAACAAAAUGAUCAUUGACUGUAUAAAUAAUAAUUUUCAAAUAAAAUGAUAUUUCGUCAAGAUGAAAUUCUUUCAAAAAUAAACAGUAAAAA